GAGAUUUCACCAAGACACAGCAUACCACUGAAACACUGUGAGGACUAACAGUCAUACUAUUACAGACUUCUCCUCUUAACUCCAAACCACUGCAAAUAAUUUUCCUAGAUUUGGAUUGAGCAAACAUACAACAUGUGUAAGGGAUUAGCAACACUGCCAGCAACCUGCUUAAAAAGUGCCAAAGACAUCAAACACAAGAUUGGCUUUCUGCUCCAGAAGCCUGAGUUUCCAACAGACCAGAAACAGGUCAAAGAGAAGACAACCGCUGUCAAGAGAGUUUCACCUGCUGAUGUGGAGAAAUGGAAGCUGUCCUUCAACAACCUGAUGAAUUGUGAAAGUGGUCGUACAGUGUUCACUGCGUUCCUGAAGUCAGAGCUCAGCCAGGAGAACUUGGAAUUCUGGAACGCUUGCGAGGAAUACAAAAAGUCUUCCCCAAACAAGAUGGCGGCCAAAGCUAAAGAGAUCUACGAACAGUACAUUGAGGCAGACUCUCCAAAUGAGGUGAACCUGGACUCAGCAACGCGAGAGGAGACCAGACAGAACCUGUCUAUUGCCGGCUUAUCCUGUUUCAAUGACGCCCAGCAGAAGAUCUUCAAUUUGAUGGAGAAAGACUCAUACAGAAGGUUCCUCCACUCCAAACUGAUCCAGGAUCUGUCCCUGUUGAGCACCACCACCCCACUCUGUGCACUGAAGAAGAUAGGAGGAAAAAUAGUCUGUUCUGAGAACAGAUGUGGUGCAUAGAUGGAGAUGGAGAGAGAAACAAGGACGGAUUGAAGAAUGUGUAACAUUUUGUCAAUCUGUGAGGGAAAGAGCAGGUAGUCUUGAAGAGAAAACAUUAUUAUGAGUGGGUGGGGUUUUAUUUUUUCUGUCCAUUGUUCCAGAUAACCAUUUCAACACGCAUCACAAAUAGAUUAUUUUUGAGACGAGGGGACAAUUGGAGAGGGAGAGAACUGUCAAGAGUUAUUUUUCAGGAGAAAUAUGCUCCUGAAAGGAUGUUCCAUUCUCUGAUUUUCAUUGUUGUGCGAGGGUCUGCUUUCUUUACACUGAACAUCUUCCAGAUCUCUAAAAAUAUUCAAAUGGUUCAAACAAGCAUUUAGGUAUUUCACCCUGGCUAGUUCCCUGUGUCCCCUCUGUCUGGUUUUAAUCAAGGGCUCCAUGCUAAGUCAUGCUUAAACACCAAUAAUGAAAAUGCACUUCUUCAAACUGAGUGUUAAAUUAGAUGAUAGUUUCCGAAUGGAUUGGUGUUAAAAAACUUCUUUCACCUGACUGUUGUUUGUUUGACUCUGUUUUUCUGUCUUUACUUUACCUGUGGCCAGUUCAUGCACUGUUAAGGUGUAACUCACUGGCCUUCUGUUAACCUGACAACAAAGUCAUGACUAGGUGAUGUUUUGAUUCACAACACAGGG